AUGGCCCCUACGCUCGGGUCUUCCCUCGAAGCCCAAGGUCUUGCAGACGAGCAGAGGGGCCUGCUGGAUCUCAUCGACAAGCUCCAGUUCGCCCAGCUAGAUAAUGUCAAACUGCCUCAGAUUGUCGUUGUGGGUGACCAAUCCGCCGGCAAGAGUUCCGUCCUCGAAGCCCUUAGCGGUACACCUUUUCCUCGAGACGCCGGAGCUUGCACUCGCUUCGCAACGGAGAUUCGCCUGAGAAGAGCAAAGGAGACGAACCUCAAGGUGUCUAUUAUUCCCGACAAGAAUCGUCCUUACAAUGAGCAGGCUCGCCUGCUUCAAUUUGGAGGCGAUGUUGGCAUCGACACGCCCUUUGACGCCAUGAUGAGAGAAGCUACAGAACUCAUCGCGCCGCGCAGCAUACCAGGCCGCUUCGCCGCCCGCGAUAUCCUCGUUGUCGAGAAAAUGGGACCGGAAAUGCCCAUGCUGAGUCUCGUUGACCUGCCUGGCCUUGUCCGUGUGGCCAAUCGAGACCAGUCCGAGGCGGACAUUCAGACCAUUGAGAUGCUCUCCGAUCGAUACAUGAAGAGCAGCCGGACCAUCAUCUUGGCCGUCAUCGGCGGCAACAACGACUACGUGCAGGCACCCAUCUUGAAGAAAGCUCGCCACUUUGAUCCUUCUGGAUCGCGCACCAUUGGCGUCCUGACAAAGCCGGACAUGACAGAAGGCAUCGGCCUCGAAGACAAGUUCAUCGAGCUCGUCGCAAACAAAGAUCGAGAAAACAACUUCAAGCUCGGCUGGUACAUCCUGCUCAACCCAGGACCGGGCGAAUAUUGGUCCUCUGCGGAAGAACGAUCACGACGCGAGGCGGAUUUCUUCACAAAGGGUAAAUGGGCCGCCUUGCCGCCUCACAUGUGGGGGAUCGAAGCAUUGCGACAGAAGCUCAGUUCCCAGCUCCAGCGACACGUUGGGAAGCAUGUCAAGUCGCUCCGAAGACAGAUCCAACAAGCCCUCGAGCAAUGCGAAGCCGAUCUCAAAGCCAUGGGCUCUGGAAAGGAUACUAUCGAGGAGAUGCGAUUCGAGAUGGGCGAGCUCUUUUCUGCAUCAGGCAAUCUCGUCACACCUGCCGUCAAUGGCAAUUACAAGAAUCCAGUGGGAGAGUCAUUCUUCGCAAGAAAGUCCAGCCCCAAGGGAACGCCUCCUCAGAAGCUGAGGGCACGAGUCCGCGAAGAGAGCGAGAGAUUCUCGCGUCUAUUCCGCCAACACGGCAGCAAAGUCAACUUUUCUGCCUCUUCCAGUUCUGGUAUGAAUUUGCCAGCUGCGGGAGUCGUCGAUGACCAAUCCAAGAAAGAGUUUGCACAGAGAGAAGUUGAGCCGCUGCUUCGACAAAUUCGGGGUAAUGAACUUCCUCUCGAUUCCAACCCUAGGGCUCCGUAUAUACUGUUCCAAGAUUUCUCUCGGAACUGGCCUAUUCUUGCUCAGGAGUACAAGGAAAACGUCGGAGUCAUUUGCAACGAAUUCCUUGCUGAUGUGAUUGACCAUGUCUGGCCUUUGAGGAUGAGAGACCCUUUGCGAUUCCACUUCUUGGAGACCAAAAUGAAGGAAAUGAUGGACGAGGCAGAAAAGGAGCUCAAGAGGUUGACUGACGACCUGGAGUUGGAAAUCCAGCCGUACGAUCCUGAAUACGAACAACGUCUCAUCAGAUGGCGCUCAGAAGCUACCCAGAAUGGCGGCACCUACACCGAAGCAGAGGAAGUCCUCGAAAAGAUGCUCAUAUACUACGAUCUUACGGCGCGGAUAUUCACCCGCAACACCAUCACUCAAGUUGUCGAGAGACACUUGCUUUUGCGUAUGCUCGGGCUCUUCAACCCGAUUGAGAUUCUACGCAUGCAGAACGCUACCGUCGAGGCCAUCGCCGCGGAGAAUAAGGAGACGCGAGACCGCCGGACGGCCUUGAAAGCAAGAAAAGCGGCCAUCGAGGAGGCACGAAGCAUCUGUGCCAGCCUAGCUAUGAGAAGCGAGCUACGGGCGUACGAGGAUGAAAUGGAGGACGAGGUAGCGACAGACGACGAGGAUCAGCCUCGGAAUGACUACAGCUCCAAGCGCUUUUCAGUAGCAUCAACACACGAGACUGCUCAACAGCCUCUCGCAUCACAAAAUCCUCCAGUGCGUCGCAAGAGACGAGAGGAGCGACCCAGACCGUCAAUGAGCGUCGACACCACGCCGACCCCUCAACUGAGCCAGCAGAAUUUCCAGACCAACGGGGUAACGUCUGCCCAGGAGUGGGAUGAAUCGUAUUACACGACCGCCCAAUCGGCACCGCAUCAUGCGCCCCCGCCUCCUCCUCCUCGACCGCAAAAGAUCGGAUUCGAGGAGGGCGAGAGAUAUGACGCUACUCCGAGGGUUGAUCGGAAUAAGGAGAGCGCGAGACAGAAGUUGGCUUCGGUGAUGAGGUUGGGAUCACAGAGUUCGCAGGCAUAA